AUGUCGGUCUCACCUUUUCUUCCAGGCAACAGCAUCUGGUCCACGAACGCAGCUCCAACGGGGCCUGUCGCAUCGGGAGCGGACCGACAGAGCAGCAACGACGCAGGCAAGUCUCAGGCCAACGCAUCGAACAGGGAAGAGACUCCACGCGCCGGCGCUCAUCCUUUGCCCAACAAGCCUGGCGCGCCUGGCCGUUCCAACUCUGCCAUCUCUGCUCGGAGCGCCGGCAACGCAACCGCCGAGGACGCCGUUCGAUCCUUCGACUCUGCGAUGAACAAUGCAGCGCUUCGACCUGGUGUUAUCGGAGGUACUCGAGCUGCUGGCGUCUCAGGCACUCGCGGUCCGAGGCAAGCGGACGUCGGUCGGUCCAACAGCCUUGCUGCCUCGGUGAACAGUCUCCGCUCGGCCAAUUCUGGAUCACCAUUGCCGGCGGUCCAGGCGCAACCUGACCUUCCUCAUCGAUCGCCUUCACUGCAGGAGAAUGCUGCCGGUUCUCACGAGCGGAACGGCAAUGUCAGCGGCGAAACCGAAUUCGGCACGCCGAGACUCUUUCUCGAUGCUCAACACGCUUUCGAUCAGGAUGACCAGGUAGCAGCCUUGUCCUUUGGUCGACCAACUUCUGCACUCAGCCACGAGGCAGGAAACUUUCCAUCUGGCAGACCUCGACCGAAUUCUUGGAUGCAUCCCGCGAGUCGCGACAUCGCCGACUCCACAUUUUCAAGGCCAUUUAGCAGCCAAGGCAAUCACGUCGAUCCACAAACGUCGCAGAAUCCUGAGACUGGCGCUACUUUUGGUGGGUUCGAUCUCGCUUCAAAGCGAUCGUCUUCGGCUCAAGUCAUCCACAGUCCCAUGGACGCGAGUGCCAGGGCUGCCUUUGCUUCUGCAGGCCAAAUUCACGUCGGCCAGAUGCGUCAUACUAGCAAUCCCACGUCUCCCGGGAUCAAUUCGGGCUCGUUCGGCCGCAGCAAUCGUGCAGACCUCGCUGCAGCGGCGGCUGGACGAGCGACGCCGACCUUGGCGGUGCCCUCCUACAUGAAUCUACCUGGCGGCUUGCUCUCGCCCACAGCAGCAACUCUCGGAAGUGGAGGCCCACCCACUGCUCAAUCUCCUGUAGGCAGUCCGCUCAGCGCGUCGGGCUUUCCGAAUCAGCCUUCUUUUCGCUCCGUGUCUGCAGGCUACAUCUUCGACAAGCCGAGCAGCCACACUGAAGAGGUCAACGGUGGUGAGUCGGCCACGAUCCAAGACAUGCUUGCUCGCCUGACUCGAGUCGAGAGCGGCAUGAAGGAUUUCUCGCGCCAGAUCUCGGGCAUCUCUCGCAACGUUUCGCUGUUGCUCGAACGCACCAAAGGUCUGCCGCCGGCGAGUCUCUCCAAUAAUGCUGCAACUUCAGUUCAGGUUACCGCUGCAUCGGCGAGCGGCACCACAGCAGAAGACGUGCGCUCCCUGAACGCUCAGGUCAGCGCCCUGGCCAGCAGUGUCUCUCACUUGCUCACGCUGCAAGGCAACGGUCUGGGCAGCGCUGGACAGACCUCGGCACCCUCGCUUGCUGGCCUUGGCCUCGCCUCAAGCGGAGGUAUGCUCGGAACACCGCAGCUAGGCGCGCCUAACGGCUUGGACCGUGCUGCGUCGCCGCGCAUCGGCAGCAACCCGAGUGGGCAAUUUAAUUCGAGCGCUUUCAGCCCGCGACCUUCCGGCAACAACCGAGGCUGGAGCGGGCCAAAUCAGAACUCUGACCGACGAUGGAACCCAUCGACUCAGAGUGGUAAUGCUCAUAAUCAAGGCCCAAAUCAGGGCGGAGGCGCAGCCGCAGCGAGCUUCGCUACCAACACGAGCUACGAAGAAGGUGCAGCUGGUGUCGGCAGCGCAUUUCAGCCCGGAAGCGGAAUCGUGCAACCCAACGCCGUCAUCUCCAAGUGGGAACAUCUCAAUCUGCACCCCGACCUGCUCCGGUCCAUCCUCAAGUACGGUCUCGGACCACCUAACAAGAUUCAGCAACGCGCGUUGCCCUUCCUGCUGCGCGGAAGUGAUAUUAUCGCGCAAGCCCCGCCGACUCAGGAGAGGAUCGCAUCUUAUGUAAUUCCAUCCUUGCAGCUGGUCUUCAAUGUGCUCAACGAAACCGGUGGUCCGGGCCAGACUGCCUCGAAUCGCGGUCCAGUUGCACUCAUUGUGUCGACGACCGUGGACCAGGCCACGCAGGCACAGCGUAUGGCAUUGGGUCUUGGCGCACCGCUCGGCAUCCGCGUCCACAUGGUCGCGGCCAGCAGCAUCGACGUGCAUCAGGAAGCACAGUCGCUGGUCCAGGCAUGGCCCCACAUCGUUGUCGGAACGCCUCAAAAAAUGAGCGAGCUUUUCACGUACAUGACCAACAACGCCUCGUCUUUGAACGGUCCCGGCAAAGGUCCGGGCGUCUCUGCUAUCAAGCCCGGCGAGGUUCGACUGGUCGUCUUGGAUGAGGUGGAUCAACUCAUCGCUCGAAAUCUAGCUGACCACGUGAGUACCAUGUUGCAGGUGCUUCCCUUGCCUACGGCAGCCCGAAUUGUUGCCAGAGGUGCGGGCGGACUCAGUCCUGGCUUCCCUCAAAGGGCUGGCAAUGCCAUCUUUUCGCCGUUCGACAAUGCCAACGAGAGCCCUGGAGGCUCCGUAGGCUCUAACACGAUUGAUCGGCAGGUCGCGCUGUUCUCCAACACCGUGCCGCAGGAUGUGCUCAACUUUGCACAGUCGAUACAUCUCCGUGAUUCUGUUCGUGUGCUCGUUCGUCGUGAUGGCGCAGGUGGCGGGGCUGGUGGCAGCAGCACCAUGCCAUCCGGUCCGGGCGGCUCGUCCAUCAUGGGCGAGCCACACGGUGCUGGCUUGGGCCCGCAGAUGCCAAGCUCGCAGCGCGACUUGUCCCAGCCCACGAACGCGCUCGGCGCCCAUCCAGUCAAUUCGAGCAUCAGCACUACCAAAGAUGGCAUGUUGUCGGCGUUGAAAGGGCUGCGCCAGUACUAUCUUUAUGUCGCUGUCACCUCUGGUGGUGGAAUGGGCGCAGCGAACUCGGCGCAAGGUGUGUCGCACAACCCGGCGAGCGAGAUGAAGCUCGAUCUCAUUUCAGAUCUGCUCGAGGACAUCGACUUUGGUCAGACGGUCAUCUACUGUUCAAACGUUGCCACGCAAGAAGCGUUGAUCUACAAGCUCUCGUCCAAAGGCAUCGAGUCGCUGGGUCUCAACCGCGAAAUGAACUCGUACACGCGGCAGCAGACUCUUGCCAAAUUUCGAUCGGCUUUAUCGCAGUUCGGCAACAACCACAUGGUCAGCAGCGACACUUUCGCCGCACCCAAUGGGUACGGCGGCGUCAACAACGCGACGAUCCGACCUAGCAAGGCGCUUGUGGUGUGUGACAUGGCCGUCAACCCGAAAGAGGUGCAUCAGGUACCGCUCGUCGUGUUUUACGAUAUGCCACGCUCCGUUGAGGAGUACAAGGACAAGAUCAGCUGCGCUGCAGCCGGUGGCAUGGCCAGACCGAGCGUGUGCGUCAACGUCGUCACUGCUUCAGGUGGACCGAGGGGCGAUGUCGAGAUGCUAAGGACACUCGAGGUUCAUCUAGGAUGCAAGAUGGCCGAAUUGCCGAUGGAUUCUAAGCAGAUACUCAACUUCUGA